AUGUAGAAGGAUCAUUUGUUAGAGAAAAAAGAAGCCUUAGAUGCAUUAAACAAUGCUAAAUUUGGAUGGUUCCAUAUAAAAGCAUGUUUGGUUUCAGGAAUAGGAUUUUUCACAGAUGCUUAUGACUUAUUCAUAAUUCAAUUAGCUGUAAUAAUGAUAGGAAUGGUAUAUUAUCAUGAUGAAGUACGUGAUGGAGAUAUAAUAAUAAAAAAGGCUGAUAAAUUGUAUCCUGUAUCUGAAACAUUAUUAAAACAAUCUGCUUUGAUUGGAACAUUAAUUGGAUAGUUAUUAUUUGGAUACUUAGCAGAUUUAUUAGGAAGGAAGAAGAUGUAUGGAACUGAAUUGUUAAUCAUAGUGUUUACUACAAUUACUUCUGCAUUUGCAUCAAAUACUGCUUCACCUAAUGGAUUGACAGUAGUAGGGAUGCUUAUCAUUUGGAGGUUCUUUUUAGGUAUUGGAAUUGGAGGAGACUAUCCUUUAUCUGCAAUUAUAACUUCUGAAUUUGCAAAUACUAAAAAUAGAGGAGCAAUGAUAGCAGCUGUAUUUGCAAUGUAAGGUUUUGGAAUUUUAACAGGGAGUAUAGUUUCAUUAAUAGUUCUAUUCUCAUUUAAUAAUCAAUUAAAUAAUGGUGAUCCAUUCAAUUAUCUUUAAGUGGAUCAUAUUUGGAGAAUAAUAGUAGCAUUUGGAGCUGUUCCAGGUUUAGUGGCUAUAUAUUUUAGAAUGACCAUUCCUGAAACACCAAGAUUUACAAUGGAUAUUAAAGGGGAUGUUGAAAAAGGAACUAGAAAUAUUUAAUAAGUUUUAUAGAAGGAUGAUACAACAUUUGCUGAUUCAAGUUAAGAAGAGAAGAAAUUCAAAGAAUAGAAACCUUCAUUUAGAGAAUUAAAAUAGUAUUUAUCUAAAUGGAAAAAUGGUAAAGUAUUAUUAGGAACUGCUAUGGCUUGGUUUGCAUUAGAUGUAGGAUUUUAUGGAAUCAAUUUAAAUUAAUCAACUAUUUUAAAAUAGAUAGGAUUUGGAGGAGGAUCUAAUCUUACUUAAUAUGAGAUUUUGAAAUAAGCAAUUUAUGGAAAUCUAAUUACUUCAGCAUUAGGAACUGUUCCAGGAUAUUGGUUGACAGUUCUUUUUGUUGAUAAAUGGGGAAGAAAGACUAUAUAGAUUAUGGGAUUUGUGGCAUUAACAAUUUUAUUUUUAGUAAUGGGUUUAUGUAAAGACAUAUUGGGUCAAUUUUUAUUUAUUACACUUUAUACAUUAGCCAAUCUUUUUAAUAAUUUUGGUCCAAAUGCUACUACAUUUAUUAUACCUGGAGAAGUGUUUCCAACUAGAUAUCGUUCUACUUGUCAUGGUAUUUCUGCUGCAGCUGGUAAAUUAGGAGCAAUAAUAUCAUAAGUUUGGUUUUUAGGAUUAGGAGCAGACAAUUUCAAAGCAAUUAUGCUAACAUUUGCAAUCUUUAUGAUUAUUGGAUUAGCAUUUACAUUUCUAAUACCAGAAACAAAAGGAAAAAGUUUGGAAGAAAUUAGUUAAGGACAAGAAUAAAGUAAUUAAAUUAUACCUCGAUGA